AAUUGCAAGCCAAAUAAAGCUGUAUCGUCACUCGUGCGUCUUUCGCAGUCAUGGACGACCGUGAGCGAAGUAGAGGGCCCAUCAUCGCAACGAGCUUAUAGGCUAAGACUCUCCUGUUAGCGACAACCAUCAAACGGCCCUCCCGUGUUCUACGGGUCAGAACGGUUCGAGGUUCCGUUGACUGGUCAGCUGUCCAUCUGCGCCUCGAGCGAUUUUCAGGCACCGGAGUCUACACGGCGCAUACGCUUUGUAAACCCCGGAACAGAUCAACAGAUACCUUUUCCACCGCCUUCUAGACACAGCAUUGCUUACUUGGCUUUCGGCCGAGGCAGCGUCCAAUGGUUCAUGAUACAGCCGUAGCUGUCUCUGCGCCGGGUAAGGUGCUGUUGGCUGGUGGCUAUUUGGUGCUUGAUCGAGACUACACAGGCUUGGUGUUUGGUCUAGAUGCUCGCAUUCAUGUCACGAUACAACCAAUUGAGACGAGCAGCGGCGUGACAUUGAACGAAAUUGUAGUGCAGAGCCCGCAAUUCGCGGACGCGGUAUGGGAGUACGGGUAUCGGCUCACCGAGCAGCAUGGUGGCAUCCAGGUCGUGCAACUGAGGCCAUGCUCAUACAGCAACGCAGAGCUAAAUCUCAAUCGUAACGCCUUCAUCGAGACAGCGCUCGGCUACGCACUUAGCUACAUCGCCAGUGCAUCAAGUCCUCAGAUCUCGCCUGCCUCGAUCACAAUCCUUGCGGACAAUGAUUACUACUCAACCCCACAUGCACUGAGCAAUGGUACCAGUUCAGCGUCGCGUUUCCACAACUUCGGCGUUCCUAUCUCCAAAGCCCAUAAGACCGGACUAGGCUCCUCGGCGGCACUGGUGACAGCGUUCACGGCUGCUCUACUGACGUACUACCUACCCUCAAGCACCUUCGAUCUGGAAAGUGAGGAUGGAAAGCGCAGACUCCAUAACCUCGCACAAGCCGCACAUUGCGCUGCCCAGGGCAAGGUCGGCUCCGGUUUCGACGUCGCGAGUGCGGUAUACGGGAGCUGUUUGUACCGCCGAUUCUCACCCUGUCUACUUUCGAGCCAUGUCGAGCCUGGCCAGCCGCACUUCGGGACUCAGCUGCGGGAGAUCGUUAACGAGGUUGGAACGGUUGGUGCUUGGGAUCAUUCAAUUCUCAAAAACGAAGUCAAAGUUCCUCGAGGCCUAAGGCUGGUAAUGUGCGAUGUGAGCUGUGGUAGCCAAACGCCCGGGAUGGUCAAGAAGGUGCUUGCUUGGCGGAAGGAAAGGGCGGACGAGGCAGCCGAGCUAUGGUCACGCCUUGACACGGCGAACAGGACCCUCGCGGAAGAGCUCAGGCUUGCAGCAGAAGCCGCUCAGACGCAAGCUGAUGAACCGUACGCCACCAUCAGAGCCAGCUUUCAGACGAUUCGAACGCUCAUCCGGCAGAUGUCAGCGAAGAGUGGCGUGCCUAUUGAGCCUCCUGAGCAGACUGCGCUGCUUGAUGCUUGCGAACGCAUACCGGGCGUGCUUGGUGGCGUGGUCCCGGGUGCGGGAGGUUACGAUGCAGUUUCGCUGCUUAUUGUUGACGAUCAGGUCACUGUUGAUCAGCUUGAAGAGCUGUUUGCUAGCUGGAAAUUUGGAACGGGUACGGACGGUGAUGUCGGAGGAGGCCGGGUUAGCAUGCUGGGCGUCAGAGAAGAAAUGCAGGGAAUCAAGAAUGAACGGCCGAGAGACUACGAGAAGUGGCUUUCAUGA